AACACUCGAUAUCAAUGGAGUAGGGGUAACAAUUAGAAAGAACAGGUAAAGAGAGGUGGGUGUGGGAAGGUAAAUCGGAAAUUCAAGUCAGAGCGACGUUUAGAAGUUUCAAAAUUUCGUUGCAAAGUGCAGACUGCAGACAUAUGUGUUCUUCUCAUUUCUUCACUGCCGUUCUUCUAAAUUCGUCGCUGAAAAGUCUAUGCGUCAGCUUCAAUGGCACACAAAUCUGGCAAUUUUCUUCACAAUUACGGGUAUGAUCUAAUAUUGGGUUCAGUUGCUGCAUUUUAUGUAUUUUCUAUACCUUACACUAAAGUUGAAGAGAGUUUUAACAUGCAGGCAAUGCAUGAUAUACUUUACCAUCGGUAUCAUUUGACUGAAUAUGAUCAUUUGGAGUUUCCUGGUGUCGUGCCUCGCACUUUCAUUGGUGCUUGGCUUGUGUCAAUUUUGGCCUCUCCUGUCGUAUCAAUCAUCAACUUCCUACAUUUUCCAAAGAUAUAUAGCCUCUAUAUAGUUCGUCUGGUGUUAGGUUGCAUUAUGCUGUCCACCUUGCGCUUUUUCCGGAUUCAGGUUCGAAGCAAGUUUGGUCAUCAAGUAGAGGCUUUCUUUGUGAUACUAACAAGUCUUCAGUUCCACUUGUUGUUCUACUGCACACGUCCCCUUCCAAACAUAUUGGCAUUGGGUUUAGUCAACAUGGCUUAUGGGUAUUGGUUAAAGGAGAGAUUUUAUACAGCAUUACGUUUUCUGGUUGUUGCAACAUUGAUUUUCAGAUGUGACGUGCUGCUGUUAGCCUGCCCCAUUGGUCUUCAGCUUUUGUUGACCAGAUCAGUCACAUUGUGGAAAGCAAUUAAACACUGUAUUGUGGCUGCUAUACUUUCCAUAGGUCUUACAGUAAUGGUUGAUUCAAUAAUGUGGAGACGGGUACUAUGGCCUGAAUUUGAAGUCUUCUGGUUCAAUUCCGUAUUAAAUCGGAGCUCUGAAUGGGGUAUUUCUCCAUUUCACUGGUACUUCACUUCAGCGCUUCCAAGGUCACUUCUUGCUGCGUAUCCGCUCGUCAUUCUUGGUCUCUUACUUGAUAGGAGGAUUUUGCCCUGUCUCCUCCCUAUUGUAUCGUUUGUGGUCAUGUAUUCCAAAUUACCUCACAAGGAGUUGCGCUUUGUCAUUGGUUCACUUCCAGUUUUUAACCUGACGGCUGCAAUAUCAGCAAGCAGGAUAUACAAUAAUAGGAACAAGAGCUUUUGGAGGUUGCUUUAUUUUGGAAUGAUUGGUCUAUUUUUGUUGAGUUUAGGAUGCACAUCAAUGUUCUUCAUGGCAUCGUACCACAAUUACCCCAGUGGCUAUGCUUUAAGGAAGCUCCAUGAAAUCGGUAAUCUGAACAGCACUAGUGAAAUUUGGACUCACAUAGACACUUACUCAGCAAUGAAUGGAAUUAGCCGUUUUUGUGAAAAUGAUCUUCCAUGGAGGUACUCCAAAGAGGAGGAUAUAGCACUUGAAGAUUAUAAUCACAGAAAUUUCACCUACCUUUUGAAUGAGCACUCCUACAUCGAUGGAUAUCAGUGCUUGUUUUCUGUGGAUGGAUUUUCCAGGGUUACCCUUCGAAAGAGUUUUCCGCCCAUUGCAUUGGUGAAAGAGCCGAAGGUGUAUGUUCAUGGAUCUAUAUGCAACGAGGAAAUUUCAAGUAGAAAUUUUCCGGGAUGUUAGAUAUCAGUUUCAGGGUUUUGAUCCUUAUUACUGCUUAGUCCUGAUUCCUAAUUGUUCUUAAUCUGUCGUACGUUGCAAUUUGCAAGUAAAAGAACGGAAGUACAAGUUAGUUUAUGAUCUUUGUAUUAGUUACUUGGGAUUAUUCGUUGGUCUAAGUUGUACUUGCAUAGACUUCACUCGAGUUUGGUUUGCGAAAUGGUUUUAGGAGCCUCGUGAUCAUUUUAAUGUUUCAGACUCUUUUUGACUCGUGGGUAAUGCUAGAGAAUUUACGGAAUGGAUUGUGAAGGUUUGGUUAUAUGUCAGCCUAUGCAAAAGAUUUACAUGUCCAUUUGAAUGAAGAUGACCAUAUGAAUGAUCGUUCUUGGCUAUGCACACAUAGAAAAUAUGCAGGGAGGAAAGAACUUGCUCAUGGUUGCGUGCAUGAGAAUGAUUGUGAGUAUGAAGUUAAAGUUGUUUAUUUGUGGGCAUUAUUGGAGAGUCGUGCUUGUGCGUGUGUGGGGAAGAGCUUGUCGGUGAGGCCAUCCGCUCUAUGUCGAGAAGCUACGAGAGAAGCCAUAAUCUACCACUGAGUAGGUGCUUUAGUGUGCAUUGUCGAUGCAUACUUCUGGUUGUUCAUUAGUUUUAGCAAAGCAACAAGUUAAUUGUGUAGAAUUCUAGUUAGAUUAGAAGUUUACUGUCGUGUGGUUAAAAAGUCCCUUGUACUCUUUCAUAUAAUCUUGUCCACACAUUUAACUUACCAUUUUAUUUUAUAUAUUAAUAUUUGGUCUUAUUUUCCUUUAAACCCAACCAAACAUUAAUAAAAUAGAAAUUUGUAUUUGUAGCUACUUGCACAAAGAAGAUUACUUGUAGAUGAGAAGUGUUUUGGAAAAUUAUUUGGUUAGGGGUCAAAAGGUAUUUUACAUUGAAUUGGGAUGAUAAAUGUUCUGUUUUCAUUUACUUUUUGUACAAUUUUAAAAGCAUAUUUUUGAGAUUUGAUAUGGGUAACUCCAUCUACAAUUCAUUCCCACAUUCUUCCCCUAUCUUUUACUAAUGGCCCACUUUCACUUGUUA